UUUCAUUUUAUUUACGAAGAAGGUGCGAUUCAGGAAUUAAUUUUUUAGCUACGAAUAUUAUUACGUGUCAUUUUAUUUUAUUUACAAGAAGGUGUAUACGUUGUCCCUUGUGAAAUUUUGCAGCAACAAAAAAAAUUUGUUUUGUGGAUUAGAAAUAAACAAAAAAAAACAAAAGUGAAGAAAUGGCCCCACCACAGAGAAUGCGUAUCGCCAACGAAAAAGCCAGCAAAUAUGUAACAAUGCGUGGCAAUGUACCAAAGUCAUCGAAAUCAAAGGAAAAUCAGUAUCCUGUUGGUCCCUGGCUGUUGGCUUUAUUUAUAUUUGUUGUAUGUGGCUCUGCAAUUUUCCAGAUUAUUCAAUCAAUUCGUGCUGCGUAAAUUUCUUCUGCUAGCCUUUCUUCUUCAACGGAAAUCAUUUCACAUAUGCAUUAAAAUAUAUGAAAAAGCUCACAUAACAUAAAUCUACCUAAAAGUAACAUAAAUCAAGUUAACCGUUAAAAAG